AUGCGGUGCUUUGACACGGCAAAGGUGUAUGUGAAAGCCGGCGACGGCGGGAAUGGGUGUGUCGCCUUCCGACGUGAGAAGUUUGUGGCGUACGGGGGCCCCUCCGGUGGGAAUGGGGGCCGCGGGGGGCAUGUCUUCGUCGAGGUUGACCAAGGAAUGAACUCUUUGCAACCGUUCCGGAAGCAGAUUCACUUCCGCGCUGGUAGAGGGGGGCACGGCGAGGGGAGCAAGUGCGAGGGGCCAAAGGGCGACGACAUCACCAUCAAAGUUCCGCCGGGGACGGUUAUCAAGCGCGCUCGGGAAGGUGGCGAGGAAGAGGGGGAGUGGCUCAUGGAGCUUGUGAAACCAGGCGAGAAGCAAGUCCUGAUCCCGGGAGGACGGGGCGGCCGCGGGAACACGUCGUUCAAGUCCUCGCAGAACAAGGCCCCCGUCAUCGCGGAGAAUGGGGAGGAGGGCCGGGAAAUGUGGGUCGAGCUCGAGCUGAAGCUCGUAGCUGACGUGGGCAUCGUAGGCGUCCCAAACGCUGGAAAAAGUACCCUUCUCAGCGUGAUCAGUGCAGCGAGGCCCAAGAUUGCGAACUACCCGUUCACGACGCUGGUGCCAAACCUUGGGGUCGUGGAGAUCGACUACGAGACCAUCGUCUUCGCGGACGUGCCAGGUCUCUUAGAAGGCGCCCACACUGGCCACGGUCUAGGCCAGGAGUUCCUGCGGCACUGCGAGCGCAGCCGCGUGCUGGUGCACAUGAUCGACGGGACCAGCCCGCAGCCCGUGCACGACUUCGAGGCCAUCUGCAACGAGAUGGCGCUCUUCAAUCCGACGCUUGCUCAGAAACCGCAGAUUGUGGCCUUCAACAAGAUGGACCUUCCUGAAGCGCAAGAAGCGUGGCCCGCUUUCCAGGCCGCCAUGCUGGAGCGGGGGAUCGAGCCGGUCGCAAUCAGCGCCGUCGCUCAGGAGAACGUGACCACCAUUCUGCGUCAGACGCAAGCGUUGCUGAAGGAGAUUGCGAACCCGUACGCGUUUGACCCCUUCGAGCGGCAAGAGCGCAAGGUCAAGGUCACCGUUCCGUCCAACGACACGGGCCCCCCCAUCGACGUCUUCUCCAUCGAGCAAGACCCCCACACGCGAACCUGGACGGUUAUCGGCGAGGGUUUGGAGCGGUUUACGCAGAUGACCAACUGGGAGUACUACGAGGCCAUAAAGCGGUUCCAAAAAGUGUUGGACGCAUCGGGGGUGAACCAGGAGCUGCGGCGAAGGGGAGUGCGGGAAGGGGAUACGGUGGAGCUCGGGGAGAUGGAGUUCUCCUGGAUGGACAAGGAAGACUGGAACACGUUCGGCGAUGGGUGGACACGUGGCACCCGGGGGUCCAAGCACUGGCCGCAUUAG